AUUUGUUGCCGACGAACCGUUUCUACGGUUUCGGCGUGCGGUGUGCGCAGUUGCCUGUUUUGUUUGAGCCUGUGAGCGCGCCAGUGUUUUCAGUCAGUAGCACACGCCUGCGUUGAUCGCACGUCCCGCGCUCAUGCUCGUAUUUAGUGCAGUGGAGCCGCUGCGCCGAGUGCCGACUAGUGCAUCGUGAUGAACAUCCUAAACGGAUGAGCUAAAUUAUGUGAGUGCAGUGUACCACAGCCGUUCCUACGACACAUAAGGGCUUUUUAGUUCGAUUUAUUGGAUUAUUACAUUACAUUUGGAUUAUUAGAUAUUGUGCCCCAGUAGUGCGUGCGCGUUGUGUGUUUGGUAUCUUCUAGCGUGAAAACUGAUGGUGAAAAUGUCGGUGAUGCAAAUGCAGCAGGCUAAGCGGCAGCAGUGCUAUCUGUGCGACCUGCCCCGCAUGCCGUGGGCGAUGGUGCACGAUUUCUCGGAGGCGGUGUGCCGCGGUUGUGUGAAUUACGAGGGCGCCGAUCGUAUUGAGAUCGUGCUGGAAACAGCAAGGCAGAUGAAACGCGCCCACGGUUUUCAGGAGCAACGCUCCGCACACAGCUCCAAGAGUCACAGAACCUCCAGCAGUGGACAUGAGCAUCAGAACGGGGAUGUAGCGACAUCAAGUCGCCAGCAACAACAGACAGCGGCCGCGGCUGCAGCAGCUGCGGGGGCGCAUCACACUGGAACCUACACCAUGCAGCAUACCAGACCCGGCAUGUUGACCGAGUAUCAAACAGCACCGCUUCGAGGUAGCUCAAUGUCACGGCCUGGUCUGCAGGAAGCCACACGAGAGGAUCACGAAGCGAUGGUGGCUAGGACAACAGUGCGGAUACCCAGUCAUCUGCCGGCUGGCGCACAUCAUCCAAUGCAAGCUCAUCAUCAUUCGGCGAGUAGUGGAAGACCAGCUAACCUUCAGGGAUUAAAGCGUGGCUUGUCCACAACUGAGGAAGACGAACACCAUGGGCAUCAUGGUCAUACAAACGGCGAGGUGAACGGCGGCUCGAAACGCAUGAUGUCCGUUGAGGAACACAGCGCUGCCGUCACUGUACGACCACCCUUAACUCGUGGAGAGUCACUACCAGCAGUCUCCCUGGCGCAGACGUUCAGCGUCACAGCCGAACGCAACUUCAAGCAGGAGAAACUACGAACGGGUUUGUUUGAUGCGGCCGCCUCGUUUAAACCCAAUGGAUACACCGCCGUCGUUUCGGUGGCGAAUGCGACUGCGAACGGUACAAACACCGGGUCUCCGUUAAACAGCAGGACGAGUUCACCGCCGGAGGCCAACGCGACCUCAGGUGCCACCCAACCACAACAAGCCUCUUCGGCAUCAGGCCAAAGUCCAAUGGCGGCUCUCAUAUCUGUUGCAGACAACCUGCCCUCUGGCAGUCCGCGCUCCGCCGGCGGCAGCCCGCCUAGCAGCGCCGUUGCGCCACGCUCCGCUUCGCGUGGCUCCCAGCACUCGCCCAACUCUUCGGCGGGUUCGUCCAGCAGCCGGCGUUCCUCCGGCUCGCGGCACGUCUCUUCUACAACUGUUACCUCUUCGGAGGCGGGUGCUACUGGUACACUGGGUGCGGCUCCCGAAGCUCUUCCCUCGAACGGUACCGAGACUGCUACGCCCCCGGCGGCUGCCGCCAACACACUACGCUGUACCAUUUGUCAGGAACGCCUCGAGGAUACGCACUUUGUGCAGUGUCCCUCGGUGCAGCAGCACAAGUUCUGUUUUCCGUGCAGCCGCAACAGCAUCAAGCAUCAGGGCGCAGGCCAGGAGGUGUACUGCCCCAGCGGCGAGAAAUGCCCGCUCGCUAACUCGAACGUGCCGUGGGCGUUCAUGCAGAACGAGAUCCAGACGAUCCUCGGCGAGGACUUUAAGGUCAAAAAGGAACGCGAGACUUAACCGCUCGGCGUUGGCGCGUUGAAUUGGAUUCGCAGUUUGCUCGCGGCAUCGUGAGCGCUCGCGCGCAUACACGCACCUCCUCUUUCUGCGAAUUGGGGGAGGAGCGUGCAAAUCAUUGGAAAGUUGGCGAAUGUUAGUGAUACACGACGAUGGCGUUGUGAUGCUGGAUCGGGAACGCGAUGAUGAGGCUGUGUCGAAAAUGGAAAUAUUAUUUAAUUGACGGCAUGAAAUGUGCCGAUUGUACAAACAGAUUUUACCGAAUUAAAAGAAAAACAUAACAAGGCUAACUAUCGCCGAAAUCAAUAAUGUACAUAAACGACAUUGUUGGGGCAACGAGUGGAUUCUUUGCAUUCUCACACUAUAAUCACUUCCCACAUUGUAGCGUCCUGUUUUUUUUUUAUAUAUUAACGAAAAGAAGGCAGAAAUAUAUAUAUAUGUGUAUAUAUAUAUCUAUAUAUACAGUAAUGCAAUCUGGCUUCACAUUCGACAUCUGCGUUUGCAGGUGUAAUAUUUGUAUUGCGCGCAAAUUUGUAUGUGUAAUUAGAAACAACUUGUGCACGUUCGCGUGCAAUUUGUCUAAAUACGAACAAUUAAUAACGAUGGCAUAUUUGUAAAUAUGUAAAUAUUCGAUCGAAGCGGUCAAAUGGUUAAGAAUUAAGUUUGCGAUGCGUAUGUGAGAGAAUGAGGAAAGGAGACAACUGGAGGAUAAAAGCGAACCGCUGAGUUGUUGUAAUUUCACUUUAUUUUACAAAGAUGAAGUUAUGUCGAGUCCAUUUGAUGUAUUUUUCACUUGAGCUGUAAAUAUUGUAUAUUCAUCAGCCGAAUGUUUUAUUUGAUUUGUUUUUUUGUAAUGUUACGAUUAAAAUGCGAAAUCAACAAGUUUCUUUUAGGUGUUUUUAAAAUCAUCGGCAUGGCAAAGACCUAGUCUUAGCUCAACGCCAUUAUUUUUUGCUUUUUAAUUCAUUUGUUACAUUGAGAAACGAAGAUAUUUAAUUAUUGUGUACUUUGAAAGUAAACCUAGUCAAGAAGAAAAAAAUCACAUGAAGUUUGCAGACUUCAUCAUAGGAACUCCAAAACUCGCUGGUAAAUUAUAAGUGAACAAAAAAAAAACGAAGUAAUAACUUUCAUUGAGUAAAAGUGAAAAUUAAAACAAACUAUUCUUAAUUGUAUGAUGUUUAUCCACCCCGAACCUAUUCCCCAAAUGGCGACAUAUGAUAAUGGCGGAGGCAGUGUCAUAUAUAUAUCAAGGUCUACUAAUAAAUGGUAUAUAAAACUCUAGUGUGUAAAAUUGUUUAGAUACAUGCUGCAUAUUUAAACAUUGUCUAUGCUUCGUAACCGACGGUACAGUCUCUUGAUAUUUGUCAAACAACCAACACGAUGUUAUACAUAUGUGAUGAUUAAAACAAUUUGUACAAAAUAAUAAAAAAGAAAACAAACGAAACGUAAUGAUUUUAGAUAAAAAAAAUUUGUUAACGAUCGUGUGGCGAAAGACAGAAAACUUUUUUGUGUACAGACCUUGUAUGUAUCAAUAAUAUAAAAAGUAGAUGAAAAA